AUGGGUGCCAUGACGUCAUCGUUAGCGGCGAAAUUCGCGUUUUUCCCGCCAACUCCGCCUUCAUACGGGAUCGUGAAGGACCCGAGCACUGGAAAGCUGCGAUUCGACAGCAUCCCGCCGCAAGACCACGUGGACGUGCUGCUGAUCGACACGCGGCGGAGACAGCAGGUGGCGGCCAUGUUCGUCCGCAAUCCCCGCGCGCGAUUGACGUUGCUGUACUCGCACGGCAAUGCGGCUGACCUGGGACAGAUGCACGACCUCUACGUCGAGCUCGCGCACAUGCUGCGAGUUAAUCUCAUGGGGUACGACUACACGGGAUACGGCGCCUCAACCGGCAAGCCGUCGGAGGCGGACACGUACGCGGACGUGGAGGCGGUGAUGGCGUGUCUGCAGCAGCGGUACAGCAUCGGCGCGGACCAGGUCGUGCUGUACGGCCAGAGCGUCGGCAGCGGGCCCACCGUCGACCUCGCGUCGCGCACGCCCGACGUGCGCGGCGUGGUGCUGCACAGCCCCAUCGCGUCGGGCGUGCGCGUGCUGUACGAGGUCAAGCACACCUACUGGUUCGACAUCUUCCCGAACAUUGACAAGCUGCCCAAAGUGGAGUGCCCUGUCUUCGUCAUGCAUGGCACGUCAGACGAGGUGGUGGACGUGUCGCACGGGCAGAUGCUGGUGGACGCGUGCAAGCGGCCGUUUGAGCCGCUGUUCCUGGAGGGCGGGCACCACUGCGACCUGGAGUUCUUCCCCGAGUACCUGCGCUGCCUGCGCAAAUACAUCUCCUACCUCGUCCAGCACCCCCCUGCUCCGCAGCCCGACCUCCCCAGGAAGGCCAAGAGGCGCCCCGGAUGGGGAACCCCCAUAACAGCCAUACGGGCCCUGUCCCCGUCGUUCCGCUUCUCCCCUUCGACGUGGCGGGAUGCGAGGAGGAAGGGAUCGGAGGAGGCGGAGGAGGCGGAAGCGCUUGGAGUGGCAGCAGUGGCGCAAGGGAAAGCUCCUAGUGGUGCUGCCACAGGAUCAGGAUCAGGCUCUGCUGCGGCUGCUGCUGCUGCUGCUGCUGCUGCUGCUGCUGCUGCUGCUGCUGCUGCUGCUGAAGCAGCUGCUGCCCCUACAGUGAAUGGUCAGGCAACUGAAGGGGCUUCGUCAGGUGUUACUGCUGGUGCUGCUGCUGCUGCCAAUGGAAAGGCUCCAGAAGAUUCAGCAGCAGCUGCGGCGACAGGAGUUGCUGCUAUGGGCGGGGAAGUGGGGUCCAGCCAAUGA